AUGGCUUCUGUCGCUUUCUUCGUGCGGUUUGUGGCUAUUGUGAUGUUGGUUGUAUCCAUUGUCUAUUGUGACGUGGUUGGACAUGGCAGGCAUGAGCUGGUCAACGGGAAGAUUGUAAAGCUGCGGGGAAACACAAAGAUGGCUGAGAAGCCUGAGGAUCUUGAACUUUACAAAAAUAUGCCGGGCUCAUGUGAUGUUGAGAUGGAUAAGGACGGGCAUAUAACACUCUGGUACCUUAAACAUUCCAACACAACGAAGGAAGGAUGCUCGAUUGAUUUGGUUGUGAGAGACCCGAACUCUGAGUUCCCCAUGCGGUUUGGUAUCCAACAUAAUACAGAAUUGACUGAUUGUUUGGCGGAUAUGAGAUUUGAUAGGCAAAGAGAGAGUGCCGACAAUAUGUCAGCUAUGACAUCUAAUUUGUUGGGCUUCACUUUCAGUCUGAAGAAUGGUGAAUUCGAUAGAGUCAAAGGAGGAUUUGCGGAAAGACACAAAAAUUUUUGUGGUGAUGUGUCGAAAUGCAAAAAUCGCGGAGGCAAAUGUUUGGAGGUCGGUGAUCACUCUGUUGGAUGGGCUCGAACUGGAGAUUAUGUCCGAGUUAAUAUUCAACAUAUUGGCGAGACUAGGAUUUGGAGUUGUAACUCUAAUAUAGCGCAUAAUAAGCACGAGGCAAACGCUCUUCAUUAUUUUGAUAAGGAAUCGGAUUUUACAAACUGCAUUAAAACUCCGCGCGAUUACUUUUGCUUCAAAGAAGAAAGUGUUCGCAGACCAAAAAAAUGGAGAAUUACGGAUGAGGACUAUACCAAUAAAGAAUACAGUAGCCUCUUUACUUUCCACAUUCUUCCGAUAACUUCUAUGCAAACAAGCAUGCAAAAUGUUUGGAUUAAAUGUGAUGAGGAUGCGGAUAAGGAAGAUUGUAAUGAAAAUGCGGCAUUCCAACAGUGUGACAAAAUGUUUGUGAAUUUUCCACAUUUCGUUUUCAAAAUGCUCGUUCCUGAUAAUUCUGUCAAACAAACGACUACGGGAGUUAGUGAAACGACAACGAUGGUUACUUGUCCAACUGUUACCUGCGAUCCUUAUGUUAACUGUCCAGCUAUUGACUGUCCUAGUGUUUUUGGAUGUCCGGAUGUUGACUGCCCGCCUUGUAUUAUUGACUGUCCGGCAAAGAAGGAUUCAAAGAAAACUUUGCAAAUUACUCUCGUUAUUGUUGGCUCUAUAAUAUUGCUUCUAAUGUUCACCGCUCUUCUCAUCUGCCUAUUCGUCAGCAAGAGCAAAUAA